CCGCCAUGGCUUCGGUGUGGAAAAGGCUGCAGCGUGUGGGCAAACAUGCCUCCAAGUUCCAGUUUGUGGCCUCUUAUCAGGAACUAAUGGUCGAGUGUACCAAGAAAUGGCAGCCAGAUAAAUUGGUGGUGGUGUGGACGAGAAGAAGUAGAAGGAAAUCUUCUAAGGCUCACAGCUGGCAGCCAGGAAUCAAAAAUCCGUACCGUGGUGUGGUGGUGUGGCCUGUUCCUGAAAACAUUGAAAUCACUGUGACGCUUUUUAAGGACCCCCACGCGGAGGAAUUUGAGGACAAAGAAUGGACGUUUGUCAUAGAAAAUGAAUCUCCUUCCGGACGCCGAAAAGCCCUCGCCACCAGCAAUAUUAACAUGAAGCAAUACGCGAGUCCCAUGCCGACUCAGACCGAUGUCAAGUUAAAAUUCAAGCCUCUGUCUAAGAAAGUUGUUUCUGCCACCUUACAGUUCUCCUUGUCGUGCAUUUUCCUGAGGGAAGGAAAAGCAACGGAUGAAGACAUGCAAAGCCUGGCUAGUCUGAUGAGCAUGAAGCAAGCAGACAUCGGGAAUCUAGAUGAUUUUGAGGAAGAUAACGAAGACGAUGAAGAGAAUAGAGUGAAUCAGGAGGAAAAGGCUGCAAAGAUCACAGAAAUUGUAAACCAGUUGAAUGCUCUGAGCAGCUUAGACGAAGAGCAAGAGGACUGCACAAAGCAUAUGCUUUCCACUAAAUCAGCCAGUUCCUCUGAAGAACUAAUCAACAAGCUUAAUUUCCUGGACGAAGAGGAUCAAGGGACGGCUGAUCCCAGCUCAGACCCGUUCCUAGAUCCCGAUAGAUUGGAAUUGAAUCCUUUUGGGGACUCCGAAAUGGAAGAGCCCAACGUCAAGAUGGCGUCAUCUUCAAAACAGGAAGGAUCGUUCUAUGGCGAUGACGACGAUGAAUAUAACCCCUUUAAAGAUGAGGAAUAUGUGAAUCCUUUUGAUGAGCCGGACCCUGAACCUGAGACUCUAGCGCCCGCCAAGGACUUCCCUCCCCAGCCUGCAAAAAGAAAAAAUAUACGUCCUGUGGACAUGAGCAAAUACCUCUAUGCCGACACAACAAAAACAGACGAUGAAGAAUUAGAUGAAUCAAACCCAUUUUAUGAACCAAAACCAAGCUCUGCUUUAAAUAAUCAAGUUACUUUGCUGCAAGAAACGGAAAGGAAGAUGAAAAGAAAAGCUCCGGAGCCACCGGUCCUCUCACCAAAGACAGAAGCGGGAACAAGUGAGAACACGUCAGCUAUCCAUGCCGUGAAAGAGCUUUCCUCUUCUCCUAAGCCAAGCCCAAUCCCAAGUCCCAUUUUGGGGAGGAAGCCAAAUGCCAGUCAGUCAUUGCUCGCUUGGUGCAAAGAAGUUACAAAAAACUACAGGGGAGUAAAAAUCACAAAUUUCACCACCUCCUGGCGAAAUGGGUUGUCUUUCUGUGCUAUAUUGCACCAUUUUAGGCCCGAUCUGAUUGAUUACAAGUCCCUGAAUCCUCAAGAUAUUAAAGAGAACAACAAAAAGGCCUACGAUGGAUUUGCCAGUUUAGGAAUAUCCCGACUGCUCGAGCCUUCUGACAUGGUUUUGUUAGCGAUCCCCGACAAACUGACCGUCAUGACUUAUCUGUAUCAAAUACGGGCACAUUUCAGCGGUCAAGAGCUCAACGUGGUUCAGAUCGAGGAGAACAGCAGCAAAAGCACGUACAAAGUAGGUAACUACGAGACAGACCCCAACAGUUCCGUUGACCAGGAGAAGUUCUAUGCGGAACUUAAUGACUUGAAGCGGGAGCCGGAAGCGCAAGAGCCUGAAGAGAACUUGGGGGACUUUGCUCUUCAGGAAGAAUCGGUAUUUAUAAAUGAUGACAGAGGAGGGGAGUCAGAAGGUGAGCUCCAGGCCCCAGAAGGGCACCCUACCCCAAGCACAGCUCCCCUUUCCUUUCACAGGACUAUAGGCAAUGUAGAUCCACACAAAACCCAACAGAGCUUGGGAAGGACUUCUGGACCGGAGGAAGCUGGGAGACACAGUACGGUACAAGUGCAGCCUCCGUUGGGAAGGAAGAAGCUGCUCAAAGCAGACACUUUAGAGCUAAGUGAUUUGGUACAAGACAGCAGUCCGAAAAGGGAUGCGCUUCCGUUGACUUUACUCGAGGACACUGAGCGGCAAGGACGGCCGCCCUCAGAGAGCGCCGUUCCUUCUGCACUAGAAAAACAGGGGCAUCCCAGCCUUAAAGAGGACGUGAAAUCUAAUUCCAAAUCACAUUUUGAAAAAACAAGCCUAGACACAGGAGAUAAACCUGGAUACUCCUAUAGUAAGGAUGCAGAUAUUGAUAAAAAGACCUCUGCCUCUCAGAGGAAAAUGGAGACUGAGUCAGAACUUGAUACCAAAACAACUAUCAAUCAGAUCGAUCAGGCCUCGAGAACUGCACAGCAACGAAUGUUAUCAAGACAGGAAGAACUCAAAGAACGGGCGCGAAUCCUGCUGGAACAAGCCAGAAGAGACGCGGCUCUCAAGGCAGGAAACCGGCAGCCCUCCGGCACGACCACUCCCAGCCGCUCGAAGCAGCUGAGCGAUCAGCAAGAUGAAGAGCGGCGUCGGCAGCUGAGAGAGAGAGCUCGUCAGCUCAUAGCGGAGGCUCGAUCUGGAGUGAAGAUGUCAGAACUUCCCAGCUACAGUGAAAUGGCGGCAGAAAAGUUGAAAGAAAGGUCAAAGGCAUUUGGAGAUGAGGACGGGAAUGGUGAUAUUGAGAUAGUUACUAAUGAAGAAAUUCCCGAAUGCUCUGUGACCAGCAGCGACGAUCAACAUACUAACCUAGAAAACAACCUUGAUUCCGAUGUGGAACAGAACAGCAAGCUGGUGGAUUUGAAGUUGAAGAAGCUGGUAGAAGCUCAGCCACAGGUGGCAAAUUCACUCCCUGGCAGCACCCCGAAGUCAGUUACUGAUGGCACGGAGCAAGAGUUUAAGAAUGAGAUGGAAGACCAUCGUGCUGAGCGAUUACAAAAAGUGACAGAACGUUUUAGAAAUCCUGUCGUGUUCGGCAAGGAUUCUGCAGUCAGGAAAACUCAGCUGCAGUCAUUCAGUCAAUAUGUUGAAACCAGACCAGAGAUGAAAAGGCAGAGAUCAAUACAGGAAGAUACAAAGAGAGGGAAUGAGGAGAAGGGAGCGAUAACUGAAACUCAGAGGAAGCCAACAGAAGAUGAAGUGCUUAAUAAAGGGUUCAAAGACACCAGUCAGUAUGUUGUGGGAGAAUUGGCAGCGCUAGAGAAUGAGCAGAAGCAAAUUGACACCCGAGCCGCGCUGGUGGAGAAGCGCCUUCGCUAUCUCAUGGACACAGGGAGAAACACUGAAGAAGAAGAAUCUAUGAUGCAAGAAUGGUUCAUGCUGGUCAACAAGAAGAAUGCCUUAAUAAGGAGGAUGAACCAGCUCUCUCUCUUGGAGAAAGAACACGACCUAGAAAGGCGGUACGAACUCCUGAACCGAGAAUUGAGAGCAAUGCUUGCCAUUGAAGACUGGCAAAAGACUGAAGCCCAAAAGAGACGAGAGCAACUUUUGCUAGACGAACUUGUUAUUCUCGUUAAUAAACGUGAUGCACUGGUCAGAGAUUUAGAUGCUCAAGAAAAACAGGCUGAAGAAGAAGACGAACAUUUGGAAAGAACUCUUGAGCAAAACAAAGGAAAGAUGGCCAAGAAAGAAGAGAAGUGCGUCCUUCAGUAACCAGCCUUCUGGGGGGCGGGCGCUGUCAUGUUUUAUAACCUAACCCUUGUUACAUUUUGGAAAUGCGGCCGCCAAGACUGAAAGAAACAACAAAACCAUAAAUAAUACGCUUUGGAAAAUGUUAAAGCUUCCAUUUUGGUAGACCAGCUACGCCCAGAAUUAUUUUAUGUCCACUACCACUCCUUUUCCAUUAUUAUUUCCAAUAUUUCCAAUAUUAUUUCAAAGCUAGGAUUUACUUGUGAGCUUAGACAUAAUUUUAAAAAUUAUUUUAAAGAAAUGUGUAUUGUGAUAACAUCAGAGAUGUUUAUGUGGGGGGGGCGGGGAGAGGCAAAAGGAUUUUUAAAAUAAUAGCAUUGUGUAGAGGAAGAACAAAGACAAGCGAUUGUUCUGGGGUUUUUUUUUUUUCAUCUAGUCCUGCCAUGUGUAAUAUUUAAUAUGCUACCUAAAAUUUUAUAGUUAGAUCAUACUCAAACCAUUUAUUAAAAUGUGCUAUAUUUACCGACGUUUAUUUCAGCAGCGGUUUUACAUUUUUAUUGUAAGUAUUAACAAUUGCAGAGCUCUUUCUGGUUUGCUGAGGGCAGGUUUUUUAACCCCAUAGCUUGCAAGGGCCCCUUGUUGAUCUAAAGUUUUUUGUCCCAAUGAGGCUAACUGAAGUAUGAUCAGUUUACACACACACACACACACACACAAUCUUCUUUAGAGGUGAUCCAUACUUUUUUUAAAAAAAGAAAAGAAAAUUAUUUAUUUACUUCUUAAGUUUAGUUCCCUGUUCUCUGUGCUCUUAAGACGUCUGCAGUUGGGCUCCACAACGCUGUUAAUAUUUAUUCUGUACCCGUCAGGAGCCUGUCUUGUCCUGGUUUCUAAAAUCCCCUUGCAAGUUAAUAUUUCCUUCUCUAGCAUCGUGCUCUUUUUUCUUUUCUUUUCUUUUUUGUGGGAACUGUUACCUUUUUAUUUAUUACAAUACAGGAGUCAUGUAUAAAUUUUCAAUAAAGCCGGAUCUUUCUUACCAUUA